UCUAAUCACUGGAUGAAUUUUGAAAGUUCGUUAUGCAAUAAAUUUAUCGAUGUUUGAUUAUAGUUUGAGAACUAUAUUUCCAGUGGAUGGAUAUGUGACCACUACUUCAGGAUUUCAUUUCGCGCGGCAGUAUACAGAAGAGGUCCUUAAUGUAAUUUUAAAACAAUUCCCCCGAAUUUUAUGUGGUUGCUUUAGAACAAAUUUACGUGAGAAUGUUAUAUGGUAAGAUUGUAGUAAUCAAAAGAAGUGGUGCUGAUGGAGCCCAGUUCCCUUUAACCACCAGUAACUGCUUGUUUGGAAGGAGCAAUGACUGUGACAUAAGAAUUCAGCUUCCAAAUGUGUCUAGAGAGCACUGCCGAGUUAGUGUAGCAGAUAACGGAGAGGUUUAUUUGACAAACCUGAGCACAGUCAAUCCUAUUACAGUCAACUCAAAAUAUAUUGACACUACAUUAAAACUUCAUCAUGGAGAUGUGUUUACAAUUAUAGACAGGUCUUUUCGCUUUGAAAUUCCUAAUAUGACAGGGAAGUCCCCAGUCAGAAGCCCUUUGAAAAAUUCAGUUAUUACUCCGGUGAAAGGAUCACCAAAUAAAGGAAUGGGUACACCUAAGACUGUUGAUAUGAAUGAGACGUUAGCUUUGAAGCCAUUAUCACCCAGUAACAGAAAAAGUAUAGGAGGAUCAUCAAUUAAGAAAACCCCAGCUGGUCGUGCGCUUACUCCCCAGCCAGCUAAAAUGUCAAAAUCAAAUUCUCCAAGACAUAAUUCUACUCCAGCAAGCAUGAAGAAUACAAUGAAAAUACUAACACCUAAAUCCAAACCUCCACCACCGUCCGAAGGAGUAGACAGCAGUACUAAAAGCAAGAAACCAAGAGUACAGUCACCAUCUCCAGUUAGAGGCAGUGCCAAGAAAGUUCAUGUAUCAAGAGCUGAUGAUAGAGUUAAUACUCCAGCAAAGUCUCCUGCUAGGAAAUCUUCAUCUGAUACAAAGACAAGUAAAACACCAGGAAAAAGUCCAAAGACCAAAACUCCUGCUAAAUCACCAGCAAAAUCUGUACUAGAAAAUGCUGCUACUAAGACUCCUGCAAAAUCUGAGACAAAAACUCCAAAAAAACAAACCCCUGCUAAAUCAUCUGCUAAACCUCCUUCACCAGAUGUGGUUACUCUAGCUAAAACUCCAAGAUCAAAAACACCAGCAAAGUCACCUGCAAGAUCAGUGACACCAGCAGCUAAAACUCCUAGGUCAAAAACACCGGCAAAGUCUCCUGCAAGGUCAGUAACACCAGCAGCUAAAACUCCUAGGUCAAAAACACCAGCAAAGUCUCCUGUAAGAUCAGCAUCACCAGCAGCUAAAACUCCAGCAAAGUCACCCGCAAGAUCCGUAACACCAGCAGCUAAAACUCCUAGGUCAAAAACUCCGGCAAAGUCACCUGCAAGAGCAGUAUCACCAGCUUCCAAGACACCUGUUUCAAAAACACCAGCCAAGUCUCCUGGCAGAUCAGUUUCACCUGCUGCAAAAACGCCAGCAAAGUCACCUGGUAGAUCAAUAUCACCAGUUGCCAAGACACCUACAUCAAAAACACCAGCUAAGUCACCUGGUAGAUCAGUUUCACCAGCUGCCAAGACACCUGCAUCAAAUACACCAGCCAGGUCACCUGGCAGAUCAGUUUCACCAGCUGCCAAGACACCUGCAUCAAAAACACCAGCCAGGUCAUCUGGCAGAUCAGUUUCACCAGCUGUCAAGACACCUGUUUCUAAAACACCAGGCAAGUCUCCUGCAAGACCAGUUUCACCAGCUACUAAAACUCCUAGGUCAAAAACACUGGCAAAGUCACCUGCAAGAGCAGUAUCACCAGCUGUUAAGACUCCUGCUGCAAAAACACCAGCCAAGUCUCCUGUAAGAUCAGUUUCACCAGCUGCUAAGACUCCUGCUGCAAAAACACCAGCCAAGUCUCCUGUAAGAUCAGUAUCACCAGCUGCUAAGACUCCUGCUGCAAAAACACCAGCCAAGUCUCCUGUACGAUCAGUAUCACCAACUGCUAAGACUCCUGCUGCAAAAACACCAGCCAAGUCUCCUGUAAGAUCAGUAUCACCAACUGCUAAGACUCCUGCUGCAAAAACACCAGCCAAAUCUCCUGUAAGAUCAGUAUCACCAGCUGCUAAUACUCCUGCUGCAAAUACACCAGCCAAGUCUCCUGUAAGAUCAGUAUCACCAACUGCUAAGACUCCUGCUGCAAAAACACCAGCCAAGUCUCCUGCAAGAUCUGUAUCACCAGCUGCUAAGACUCCUGCUACAAAAACACCAGCCAAGUCUCCUGCAAGAUCUGUAUCACCAGCUGCUAAGACUCCUGCUGCAAAAACACCAGCCAAGUCUCCUGCAAGAUCUGUAUCACCAGCUGCUAAGACUCCUGCUGCAAAAACACCAGCCAAAUCUCCUGUAAGAUCAGUAUCACCAGCUGCUAAGACUCCUGCUACAAAAACACCAGCCAAGUCUCCUGCAAGAUCUGUAUCACCAGCUGCUAAGACUCCUGCUGCAAAAACACCAGCCAAGUCUCCUGCAAGAUCUGUAUCACCAGCUGCUAAGACUCCUGCUGCAAAAACACCAGCAAAGUCUCCUGUAAGAUCUGUUUCACCAGCUAUCAAGACUCCAACAAAGUCGCCUGUAAGAUCAGCAUCACCUUCAAGUUCAGUUUCACCAACUGCAAAGACUCCUGUUACAAAAUCACCAGCCAAGUCACCUGUAAGGUCAACCUCACCAGCUACCAAAAGUCCAGUGAUGAAAACAACACCUAGGUCGAGAUCAUUGUCACCAGUAGAAAAGUCAACAGCCAAGAAGACCCCACAAUCCAACAACAGAAGAAAGACUAUGCCUGCAGGCAGUCCUUAUCAUCCAGCAACAGAAGACCUUAGGACAGAGUUGUCUGAAUUGAGGAGAAGAUCACAGCCAUUGAUUACAGAAAGCCCUUCAGCUUCUCCAAAAGUAAAAAGUGGAAGUAAAAGGAAAUCUACUCAAAGUAUUGGCUCGGAUGCGAAAAAGAAAAGAAUUUCAUUUGGUCCAUCAUUAAGUCCAGAAAUGUUCGAUAAAAAACUGCCACCGAUAACCCCAGUAAGAAAAGGUACAACACCAAGGAGAUUGUCUGAACCAUUUAGUGUUUUAUCACCAAAGUCAUUAUUAAAAAGAAAGUCUUUGGCUAAUUUUAGAAAAGAAUCUACAAUCACUGAAGAAAGUCCAAGUAAGGAAUCUCCAGUAAAGAGUGCAAAAUCAACUCCUGCAAGAAAAUCUCCUAAAACACCAACCAGAAAGUCACCUGCAAAGUCUCCAAAAUCCACUCCUGUGACAACCAAAUCUCCAAGAACAUCACCUGCAAAAGGAAAGACUCCUCGAUCUCCAAAAUCACAGAAAAAUUCACCUGCUACAGGCCCAAAAACAAAUAAACGCCUGUCAACAUCUUUAUCUGAAGAAACAUUAAAUGCAGAUAUCAGUUAUACUGGUAUUGAAGAGUUAAUGAAAACCCCAAAGGUGGCAACAAGUACUCCUAAAGCAGGAAAGAACUCGAGUGGACAGCGUAGACGUGCAAGCACUGGUGCUCUGAACCUGACUGGAGUGAAAAGACUAAUGAAAACUCCCAAAAACAAAUUGGAUGAGGUUAGCUUUACAGGGUUAUCAGCAAUUAUGAAAACACCUGAAGCAGAGGUUCAAGCAGUCAAGAAGGUCACACCGAAGUCAUCAACAAGAAAAUCAAUUCAAGGAAAGAUAAAUCCCUCACCAAAAUCAGCAAAAAAAGCUACACCAGCUAAGAGAGUUUCAACUCCACGCAAACUUAGUCCAAAAUCAUUAAAGAAAACUCCUAAAUCUCUCAAGAAGUCCCCACCAUCAUCACUUAGAAAUGCUGUGGCUAUGAGGGCAAUACAUGGAAAGCAGAAAACACCUAAACUUCCAACUAAUCUUUGGUCUGAUAUUGUCAAGAAAGGCAUUGCAGACAAAGGGGUAGCUAGAAGACGAUCAACAAAGAAACCUCUUCCAGUUGUGCAGAAGAGAGCCAAAACACCAAAGAGUAUAAAGAAGAAGAUGCCCCCAAAGACCCCAAGAACAAAAGCUGCAUCUAAAGCACCAACCACUGGACAUGCUGACUCACCAGUUACUAUAGUUAUACAUAAAAAAUUAACAUCCACUCCUGCUCUGUUACCAAGAAAGGGAAGGAAAAGCCUUGGAGUUAGAAAGGCAAAACCAAAAGCAACAUCACGACUAUCAGGUAUAGCUGACAUCUUUAGGACACCAAGUCCAGCAAGUUCUCCUGAGAGAACAGGAACACCAUACUCACUCUAUUCUGAUCUGCCAGAAACACCCAUUGGUCCUGGUGAAAUGUUGGUAUCACCAAUGUCUUCAACAAAGAGAAAGUCUGUCCCUACACCUAAGUUAGUUGGAAUAAAACAGUUGUAUGCUACACCAAAACAGAUAAGAUCACCAGUUAGUCCAUCAGGAGUAAAGGAAAUGUUUAAGACACCUAAAUCAGCUACUCCAAAACUCAAAGUGUCAAAAAGCACACUAGAAAAGUCUACAGCUAAGAAGUCACCAACAGUUACCAAGUCUCCUGUUGCCAGACGUGGCAGAAAAAGACUUGCCCCUGCAUCCCCAGAUGUUGCAGAAACAGUAUUGGAGAGACCAGCUAAAAGAACAAAAAGAGGUGUAGUUAAAAAGACUCCAGUCAAAUCUCCCAAGAAGGCUGCAGCAUCCCCAAAGGUUACAGAAAAAGCAACAGAGGUUUCAUCUAAGAAAACAAGAAGAGGAGCAGUCAAAAAAUCACCUGUUAAAACUGCUGCCAAGGCCUCAAGAGUCAAAUCGAAAGUAGUAUCCGCUGUUACAUUAAUUGUUACAGAGGAAGUAGUUACAGUAACAGAAGAGGUAGAAAUAGCUGUUUCAACACCUGAUGUACCAAGACCUAGAGGUAGAAAAGCAGUGCCUAAAUUGAAGACAUCACCUAAAGCUCUGAAGAAGAAAUCUGUACCUAAAAGCAGCAGUCCAAGAGUGGAAGUAAUUAAGAAAUCUCCUGUAGCAAAGAGAACCACAAGAAGAGGCAAAGUUGCAACACCUGCUAAAACUCCUAAAAUAUCUACUGAAGUUGAGGAGAAAAAAUCAUUGAAAUCACCAGUGAAGGCAGCUACACCUAAGAAGGCAACGAGAGGUAAAGCUGCAAAAAUACAGAAAACUGUUGCAAUUCCAGCUAAAAAACCUGUCCGAGGUGGGAAACGGAAACUAUCUAUCUCAUCUGGUGAUGCUGAACCUCCAAGUAAAAAGCCUGAACAAACAACUUCACCUGAGAAAGUCAAAACACCCACAAAAUCACCAGCAGCAAAACGUAGUAGAGGGAGAGGAGCAGGAAAAUCAUCUCUAAAAAAGCCAGCAACACCUGCAAAAUCUACUGCAAAGAAAAAUACUAGAGGAAAAGUCAAUAAAGUGGAAACUUCAACUGUUUCACCAGCAAAACGAGCAACACGUGGUAAGCCUGUAAAAUCUCCCAAAAAAGCUGUAAAUACUGUUGUUCCUGCUGAAGAACAGAAAGCUGCAAACCCAACUCCUAAAAAGUCGCCAGCAGCAAAGGGAAAAGCUUCAAAAUCAACACCCAAGAAAAUAGCAACCCCUAAAAAAUCACCGGUCAAACGUGCAACAAGAGGAGCAAAGAAAGAAACAACUAAAAAGGCAGAUAAAGAGGAGAAUGUAGUUGUUGAGGCAACAAAAGUUAAAACUCCCAAAAAAUCUCCAGCAAAGAGAUCAAGAGGAAAAGUGGCAAAGGCAGCCUCACCUCAGACUAAAACCCCUGUAAAAGGAGUUAAAUCAAGGCGGGGAAGGGCAGUUUUGUCAGAUCAGUCACCAGCAGUUGUUUUGACACCAGUUGCUAAACUUAAAUCACCGAAGAAAGCUAGUCCAGUAAAAAAAGCAAAAAGAGGAAGGAAAGCGAGUCCUGUCAAAACUGUACCUGUUGUAGAGGAAGUUGUACAAGAAGCAGCAGUAGAAGCUAAGCCUAACAAAAGGCGUGGGAGAGCUGCUUCUCCAGUUAAACCUAAAACUCCAGUAAAAAAAGUGACCAAGACCAGUGGAAAACGGAAGGCAGCUUCACCAGCAAAAAUGCCUAGUCCUACAAAAGUCAGCAAAGUAGAUGUGGAAACAGUUCAGCAACCAAGCAAAGGCAAGAAACCAAAAGUGGUGAAAACAGCUAGUCCAUCACCAGUAAAAUCUACAAAGAGAGGAACAAGAGGGAAUCCUAAAGCAAAAACUCCUGAGAAAGUUUCUAAAUCAUCUCCGCCCAAGAAAGCAGUGAAAAAGGUAAAAACUGUCUCACCAAAACAGAAAACACCUGUGAAACGAGUGACAAGAGCUAGAAAAUGAUAUUAAUUGUAAAUAUAUAUAUGUACAAAUUGUAGAUACUGUAUUUAUAGUAAAUGGCUUUAGGAAAGUGCAAAUAAGACCACAAUGUGUUCACAAAAACUUAUUUAAAAUAAAGUGUGCCAUCAAGAGAACAGUUUUUUGGGAAAAUUAAUAUUUAUGAUCAUUAUAUCUUUUGCUGUCAUAUUAAAACUAAAAGUAUUUUAUAUAUUGAUAUUUUGUUAACCAAAAAUUGUAGCUUUUUUGAAGUCAUAAGUUUGAGCCAAGCUCACUAAAAAGAAAGAUGACAGAAUUGUGUAAUUUUAUUUUUAUCUUGUUAAAGGCAGCUUUUUCUGUAAAAUAUUAUGAAUAUGCACAUAAAGAAGAGUUAACAUACACCAUGUUGUUAAGGUACUGUACUAUAUAAAACUCACGGACAGAAAAAAUAACCAGGUAUAAUGUUGUAAAUUUGUUCUAUAUUAUUUUGUAAUCAUUGUUUUAAAGUAUUUAUUACCUCUAGUGUUUAAUGUGAAGAAUUUUUUCGACACUUAUAAUUAUAAUGUAAAAUUUUAACUUAUUUUAUUUGACAAAAACAUGGUUUUUAUUAUCUCAGAUUUUUUUCUAUAUUAAAAUUUUAUUUUUUUGUCAUGUUUUAACAUCAACACUUUUUUUUACCAUUUUUCAUCGUAUUUGUUAUUAACUAAUGUUUUUUAUAAUUGUAAUGUGAGCUUGCAGUAAUUCUUUCUGUUUCAUAAAGAUAUGUGACUGAGAAAGAAACAGAUUGUGCCUUGAACUUUGAUUUUGUGCAAUUGGAUUAAAGGAAUAUAUUUUCUCACAUAAUGCAUUAAAAGGAAUAAUUGUAAAAUGAAUCUGUUUUAUUUCAGUGAUGGUUUUCAUUUUGCUCUAAAAUGAAAUAUAAACAACAAUAAUCUUGUGAUUUUUUAACAAGUGUUAUUAAGAUUGAUGUAAAUGGCAUACAAGUCAAUAAUUGUUGGUUAUUAUCUAACAUUGUAGCUAUUUUCACAAAGACGUAGGAAGACAAACAACUAUAAAUUGCAUUGAAUUUAGUCAUGAUUUUUUUUUGUGAAAAAACUCUCCACUUAGCAUUGAAUUAAAAUAGUUGAGAUUGUUGAUUUUAUUUGGAUUAAACAUCACUUAAAACAACACAAUUUAUGUGACACCUUAUAUAUGUCUGGUUUUGUCAGUUUAAAUCUUCAUCAUUAUUUAUAUAAAUGAAUUGAGUUUGAUUUUGUGAUGUUGUCAUUGGUUAAUUUUUUUUAAAUCAAAAUUUUUUAUUUUAUUAUUCAUUGAAUAUGGAAUAUAUAUAUUUUUUGCAUGAAACUCGUAAUAAUCAUGAAAUGGAAUAAACAAAUUAAAUUCAAUUACCAUAUGAUUGUCAUAUUAAAAAAAAUAUCACUUUAGUGCCUUAAGAUCAGAUUUAUUACUUAAAAUUGUAAUUGUACUCACAAUAGCAACCUAAAAGUAAUAUAGAAGGUGUCCAUAUCAUAAUAUUUUUCAUUGUUUUUCUGAACCUGUUGUAUAUAUAUUCAUCAAUUAUCACAUUAUCAAUCAUAUAUCAUUUUAUUUCUUAUCUUAUCACUUCUCAUUGUCUGGUACUUUUUUCUUAAUCAGUAAACUUUUAUGGUAUGUAUGAUGAAAUUUUAUGAGUCCUGUAUGUUGAUGUCAAUUUACCCAUAUACAAUAAAUGAAUGGGAAAGAUA